CCAUCCACGGAACAAUUGAAUCUCCAGAUUUCAUUCCUAUCGCACUCAAGCGCUUAAUUAAUUUCAAUCUUCCGAUUCAGAUUCACCGUCGUGAAAAUCAAACAUGUCUCUGAUUCCGAGCUUCUUCGAGGGCCGCCGGAGCAACGUCUUCGAUCCGUUCUCCAUGGAGCUGUGGGACCCUCUGUUUUCCAACACGCUGGCCAAUUUCACCGGCGGCGGCGGCGAGCCCGCUCGGGAGACAUCUGCCUUCGCCAAUGCCCGAAUUGACUGGAAGGAGACGCCGGAGGCUUACGUCUUCAAGGCCGACGUCCCGGGGCUGAAGAAGGAGGAGGUAAAGGUGGAGGUGGAAGAAGGCCGGGUGCUGCAGAUCAGCGGCGAGCGGAGCAAGGAGGAGGAGGAGAAGAGCGACAAGUGGCACCGCGUGGAGAGGAGCAGCGGGAAAUUCCUCAGGCGGUUCAGGCUGCCGGAGAAUGCCAGGGUUGACCAGGUCAAGGCAGCGAUGGAGAACGGCGUCCUCACCGUCACCGUCCCAAAGGUGGAGGAAAAGAAGCCCGAAGUGAAGAACGUUCAGAUCUCCGGCUAGAAAUCAAAGAACGUACCAGAAAUCGACUUAUCCUAAUUAUCCGUAAAUGCCUAUUUCUGCUGUGGUCAUGUUUUGGGUCCAUUUGAAUAAAUACUGAAUAGUUCG